GCAGUCUAGUCGAGUCUAACAAUAACAUUACGCCUUUUUUACGGUACCGGUAUAUAUUUUCAAAAUUGGAUCGAUGAACUGAACUGAACUGGAAUAGACUGAAUGGGGAAAAGCAACUCCACUCUUAGACUAAAAAGAUCAUCAAAAAGAAUGGAGCCCAAAGCGGAUGAGCAGGAAAUCGAAUGCAGCCAAAAGAGGGGAGGUGAAUUUGCAGAGCCCGCUGUGGAUACUCAGAACAUCAAUCUUCAUAUUGAAAGACGAUCAGUUGACUGUUCAUUUGAAGACCUCCCGUAUGAGCUGAUCCAACGGAUCUUGGUUGUCGUCCCUGAUUGCGAUCUGCCAGAAUGCAGCUGUGUGUGUAAGACGUGGCAAGCGGCGAUUGCGGAACAGUCCUUUUGGAGACAGAAAUGCGAGAGGGGAGGCCAGUUUGUUGAAAAGUACAUGGCGCCGUACUUCCCCCCAGACUGGAGAGAAUUCUACUUCAAGUCUCCAUUUGCCAGGAAUCUUAUCAAGAACUGCAGUGGACAAGAUAGCCCUGGAGAGCACGAUCUGAAACAUUGGACCAUCCUGAGCAACGGAGGAGAGCGAUGGAAAAUAGAGACAGGUUGCCAUGGCUCAGACCGCUUGCCCGACGAAGUCCUGCGGCUGAACGGUGGCAAGGACAAGAGCUUUGCCACUUCGUAUGGGUGGUGUGAAAGAGAACAGGUCAUUGACCUCGUAAAGGAAGGUUUCAGCGAAGAAAUGCUGGACCGUAUGAAGCCCACGAUCUUCGUGUCAGAGUGGUAUGCCGCCCGGUUCGAUUGUGGGAACACCUAUGAAUUUGGCAUGCAGCUCCUCAAGGGUAGACCUACCUCAGAGGACACAAAGGAUGUUAUCGUCGACAGCUUCUCGUUCGGACCCAUUAUCACCCCAGAGUGGCCUGAACGCAGUUGGAAACAGGCAACUCAUUUCUUCAGAGAGUAUGGAGCAGGAGUGCGGUUCAUCCGUUACUGGGACAAAAGCAAGGAUAAUAAGUUCUGGGCUGGACACUAUGGCGGUAAAAUGGCGGGGUCAGAGGUCCGAUUUAUCUUCACGAGGGAGCAGGAUACCAAUGCACCAAGGCCGCUACAGGGGGUAUCGCCUUCAUGACAAGACGAAAUACCACGCUUUGGAAUUUUCAUCACUGCUCUACGGCUUCCUGAUCUGUCUGUUGACUUCAAUCCUACGAUUCGAUACAAACAACUGCAUGUGGGUCGGUAUGAUUGUUCUUGGAGAAAGACUUCUGAUAGAGGGUUGCGAGAAAUUAAGAAGCUACCUGAGAUGGGAUAGGGACAUACCGAUUUUAAAGCGACUUCUGAAAAAUUGUCCAUUAUGCUUAUUGCCUAGUUUACAUUUUGAUUACGAUCAUUGUAGGGUGCCCGUAGGUUGAUUCCAUCUUGCUAAUCAUAUGGUCUCCUAAAGGGGGGGGGGGGGGGGGGGUGACAAAUGCAAGUCCCGAACCUUGGGGAAAUUGAAUCAUGAGCAUUUUGCAUUAGGUUUAUUUACAUGUACCUAUGCAUAAUCUCUCUACCAUGCAAGCCUGUCAAAGCAGUGUGAAGAAAUUCAGACAAUACAAAUUUAAACCGAACUCAGGAUCCUCAUAUUUUACUUUGUAUUUUUCAAAGUUUUGAAGAAAUUCAGAAAAAUUGCUUUAUUGCUAUUUAUCUGUAAUGUAACUAUGAACAAAUCAUAUGUGAUUAAUCUAAUAUCUACAAAUUGAUAACAUAUAUAAAUAUUUAUUAUAUAAGUUUAAAAAUACUCAAAGUCAUUCAUAUCACAUGACUAUAUGGACUGCAGUGAUGAGCAAAACUCAAAGGUUCCAUUGCAGCUAGUGAUGGUUGGUGGGAAAAUAUAUUCUUUGUCAUGUGAUAUGUGAUCUGUGAAUGAGCUUUACCUACCUAUGUACUUUUAACAGUUGCCAAUCUAAUGCCAAUUAGAUUUCCUGCAUAUACCGGUGGACCGUAGAAUCGCCCGCCCGAUCAGGAAAGGUAGCAGGGUUCUGACAAGUCUGGUUUUGAAGCAUAGACUGAAUAGCUUGAAGAAAAUAUUGAAUUGUCGGUUCUACCGAAGGUUGGUCUGGAUGAGGUUUAGACGGCGGAUCAAGACUCGAAGCGGGCAUGUUAUUUUGACUGGCGGGAGCAUGGGCUACGGCCACGUCCGAACUGUAUUUAGCGGCGGGAGGUGUCCCUACAGCCACUUGUUUAGAUUUGGAUAUUGUGGCGGGAGGUUUCCCUACGGCCGCUGUUUUUAAUUUGGUUGUGGUCCUCUUAGGAAUGGUAUUUUUCUUCCUUUUUUUCAACCACUUUCCCUUCUUGGGUGAAGGAGAUCCAUUGAUGGAAGAGACCGAGGUUCUUUUCCUUGACGGAAGAUUACCCAACUCGGAAUUCUCGCCCCUCGGCCGUUCUGACCGAGGAGAUCGAGAAGAAGACGGCUCUGCUUUGCGAGAGGCCGUGGCAAGCUCAUCAACAGGUCUCACAUUAGAUCUAACAGACAUAACAAGGUUUAGAUUAUAACGGACAGUACAACAAAAAAUGGUUUGAAAAAUUACAAAAGUAUUGAUGAAAUUCCGAACCCUCUAAAAAAGAGCAAGUGAUCAAUUAAAGUCAAGUAUAAAAUAUACAAAUACUUAGCUUCGCGGGGGCAACACAAUCUGUAACAAUCGGCAGAAGAAAGAGGACGUGUUCUGGCGCACAGGGCCUUUAUAAUACAGGGCGGUAGUAGAGUCCGCACUGGCGGUUGCUAGGCAACCAGGGGUCAAUUACCUAUUUUUCUGCAGGGAGCAAAUCUAAUUGGCAUUAGAUAGGCAACUGUUAAAAUUAAACAUGUAGGUAAAGCGAUAUGAAAUAGAUGAACUUUUGGCCUGUUCUGACUUGUAUUAAGAGUUUAAGAACAUGUAUGUUGAAGUGUCAGUGAAAAUGAAAUGGUUUAAAUCGCUCCAUUUGUUUCAAAUGUCAAA